AUGCAAAAAUUUUCAUCAAUUUCAAUUGUUAUUGUAAUCUUUGCUAUUACUGUUAAUGUUCGAGGUGAAUAUAAUAAAUUAGAAUUAACAGUACAUUCGGCACCUGCCAUUGAUAUUACUAAUGUUGACAUUACUCCAAUGCCAAUUGUUAAUCCAGGACAAGCUUUUCUUACUUUUAUUGCUAAUCUCAAACGACCAAUUAAAACAAUACAAACUGCUUUAAAGAUUAAUCGUGCAGUAAGUGGUAUUAAUCUUCCAAUUAGAUGCUAUAAAGUUCAAGGUAUCGAAGUUGGUUCAUGUGCUUAUAAAGAUUUAUGUGCUGUACUUAAAACUAUGUUACCAUCAUUUAAACCUCAAACUUGUCCUGCACGUAUGGCUCAAUUUGGUAUUGAUUGUAAUUGUCCAUUCAAUAUUCCUGCUGGACCUUUGUCCAUUGUGAAUGAACCACUCGAAUUACCUGAUGCUCAAUCAAGUAUUGCUAAUUUUAUGGCUACAGGAGAUUUUGUUAUUCAAUUGGAUGCACAAGAUCAAGUUGGGCCGUAUGCAUCACUUACAAUUAAAUUUACUGUUAAAUCACAAAAGCAAUCUGGUUAA